GUCGAGCUGCAGGAUCUGCAGCUCUGCAGCAGUUAUGCACGGCUCUGCUCGGCCGGGACCGUCGGCAGCCAGCAGCCCCCCAGCCCCAGGACCCCCCCCGGGCCCCGGGACCCCCCACGGAACCCCCCACGGGCCGUCAGUAAGGCGUGCGGAGCAGGAGGCGGGCUGUCGGGUUGUUGAUCCGUAAAUGACUGGCCAUGGCUGCGACUGCUCCCCCGCGCCCCCGGAGCCCUGAGCGGCCGAGCCUGCCAGCGUAGACGCGGAUCCUCUGAAUGAAAUUGAUAAGUGAGGUUGGGUGGCCAUGGAACCAUUCAGCCAGCUUAUCUUCGCCAUCUCGGUGACCAGCUUCCUCACCUUCCAGUGGCUCUUCCACAGAGUCAGUCCGUGGAUGUCCACGCGCAUCAGCUCGGGCUUCCUAGGCCUCAGCGACAAGCAGAAGGUGGAGUGGAACUCCAGGACGGUGUCAACGUUCCACGCACUGUUGGUGGGAAUAUUUUGUCUCUACAUCUUGUUAUUUGACGAUGCCGUCAAUGAAGACCCAGUAUGGGGAGAUCCUACACUGGUGAAGACCAAUGUUGCAAUCACAACAGGCUACCUCAUAUCUGAUCUGCUGCUUAUAUUUUACUAUUGGAAGGCGAUAGGCGACAAGUUUUUUGUAGUUCACCAUCUGGCGGCAUUGUAUGCUUACUACUAUGUACUGGGCCAAGGAACGUUGCCUUAUUUUGCUAACUUCCGUCUGCUUGCUGAGUUUUCUACACCGUGUGUGAACCAGCGUUGGUUCUUUGAGGUACUUGGUUAUCCCAAAGCCUGCCGACCCAACAUGGCGAAUGGUGUUGCCAUGGCAGUGGUCUUCUUUGUGGUCCGGAUCGCCGUUAUGCCAGUCUACUACAGUCGGAUGUACGCUGUCUGCGGCACCGACGCCUUUUACCUGUUGCCCUGGGGCGGCCGUGUAGCCUGGAUCUGCUCCAGUAUCUGCUUGGACGUCAUGAACAUUAUGUGGAUGCAUAAAAUCGCCCGCGGCUGUUACAGGGUGCUGCAAACAGCACGGCGGAGCAAAGCUGGGACGCCUCACGAGAACGGGAAGAUGGAUUAAGGGAAUCAGGGUGUCAGUUGUGUGGGGACAAAAAAAAUGCCACAAAACAGACAAAGUGACAUUACUCUUAGUGCAAUCCAAAUAGCAGUUUGGACCCUUUCACAUCAGACUGCUUCAGUGGCAGCAAACCUCGGACUGGACGCUGCAGGACCGAAUGUAAGGAGGAGAGCUUGUCUUUUUUUCUUUUUUUUUUUCUGGGAAAGCAGGCACAGUCACUGAGUUGUACUGAUGGACCAAUUAAAUGGUCACCUGUAAGCCAUGACAUGACCUCCAAGCAAUACUUUGUGUGCAUGGCCAAUUAUUUUUUUCUUGAAUGAUUUACUAAAACAAAAGAGGUUGUCCUGGGACGAGCGGACUGUUAGUCCACCCACAAAUUGUCAAAAAGUUUACCGUCCUUUACAUACUAACUGCUUAACUGAAGACUUUGUCGUUUUUGUAUUAAAACUGCUGACUGAGUCGCAGCGGGAGAACGGGGUAAUACAAGUCUGUAUUUCUGAAGAAGAUUUCAUCGGGCGACUUCACAAUGAUGGUCAGUGCCAUAAAAUCCUCCUCAGAUACCCACCGAAGAAGACUUCAUUGAGACAUAAUUGGAUCACAUCAGUCGCAUCCACAGAGAGUCUGAAUUUUAUCAAUCACCCCACUCUGUCAGUGAAGCCAGCUUUUCUUUCUUUCUUUUUUUAGAGCUUAUUUGAAUUUCAUAAGUUGUGGUUGCCUUUGCAUGUUUUAUUUAAAAAAAGAAGAAAAAAUUGGUUGAUUAGACUUCACAUCUUCAGUUAUCCAUUUGUAGUUUAUUUCCUUUUGCUUUUUUAUUUUUUUAUUUUCUGGGGUUAGGGCAAAUGGAUUGUAAGCAAUUAAAUAACUAUUAUCUGUUUUUUUAAUAGAGGGCUUCUAGAAAUGUGUAAAGGGAUUUCAGUGUUGAUGUUUGUGUUUACACCGAUAUCAAGUAAAUCAAUAAUAUAUUUAAAAUACUGAGGCCAUAUUGACCUGUUAAGGUACACGAUUAGCCUGAGAAACCGGAUAUUUUACAGAAUGGGGCAGAGACAUGUGACAAAGGUUUUUUCUGCAUUGGUUUUAUUUUACAUUGGGCAAUGCACAUUGAGGGAUGAAACCUAAAGAAAUAGCUGGUCGUAGAAAAGAAAAAACAUGUUAAAACAAAAGCGUUAAAGAAAAGGCUUUAAUAUGUUUUUUGGGGUUUUUUAUCUUCCUAUUUAUGAUUUUUAUUUUUUUUUCACAGAAACUGUUGAUUUUAUCCCCUCGGCAACAUUUGCCAAUAAUUUAUUUUAGUUAUUUAUCUUUUCAUUGAAGGAAUUUGAGAUUUUAGCUUGGAGAAAAAGUUCAGUACACAAUAUUAAGUGGUUGCUCCAGCAAAUUUUUUAUGUUUAAAAAAACGAAAACGCUUUUCAGUGUUUCAGAAUGCUGAAGUUUUCUACAGAAAGGCUUUUGAGGAUUGUAAUACAAGUAGGUUCUGCCUCACGCUAUGUCAUUUCUACUCGCUCUUAAACAAAAUAUUUUUAUCCUUAUUUAUUCUUUUCAUUCAUAAAAAAUAUUGUUUUUACAUUUAGUGGACAGCAGUAUAUGGAAACGUGAACAUUUAUGUUGCAAUUGUUUUCUUAAUCAUUGUUGGCACAAUGCGGAUUCAUGUUAAAGCAACACUGUUGAGGAGUAUAUUUAUUUGCUCUUGGGCGCCCCCUACAGCUGAUAUAAGGUCUGAUCCUGCACUGUUGAAAAUGCUAGUUGUGAACUGAACCCUAUUCACAGAGAGCUGUACAGCUUCAUCAGCUGAUACCCAGAAUAGGCGGCAAAGAAAGCGAAGCCUACGGCACUAUAGAUUACUACAGCAAGGGCUGAUGAAAUCCCAGCUUUCAAGGCAACAGUGUAGUUAGCUGCAAUGUAGCCUUCCUGCCACAUCUCCACAAAUAAACAUGCAUCCUUUAAAAAAAUCUUGUCAUGCUCUGGUCAGAGUACCCAUAAGGACUGCAAAGGACUCAUCAUAGCACCCCAAAACAACCAAAACUGAGCAUAAAACAAGCAAACAAGUAUAAGUGCACAGUCACUUUUACGGUGAAUGAGCAGCUGGUGAUUUUAAAUUUACUUCCCGAAACAAAGUAAAACUCACUUGGCAUGCUAAAGCCUAAACAGCAUCACAGGAACGGACAGAGAAGAAGCAUUUUAGUUUACAACAUCAACUGGUGGUGAAAUCCCAGCUUUCAACGUAGCAAUGUAGUUCGCUGCAAUGUAGCCUAUGCGCCUUAUCUGAUAUGCAUCCUCUGAACAUUUUUGCUAUGCAGCAGUUAGUGAGCAAAACCAUAAUGAUGGCAGCUUCCUAGCUCAAUACACUAAGCAAAGCCAUGAUUGACAAGUAUAAGAACAAAGACACUUCCACAGCCACAGUGUUAACAGACAUUAGGCUACAAACUUAGAAUUACCUGACAAAAAGUGAAUCUUGUUGCAUGACAGGAACUGAUACACAGAAGACACAUGUUUUUAGAACAACAAAUUGCAUUCAUACUGACGUAUAUAAAGCAUGUUUGCAAGAUUUCCAACGAUCAAUAAAAUAGCCAUAAAAGAAAAAAAAAGACGGCAUUAACUUUAUUGGUACAGUAUAUCAAAACCACAUCAAAAGCCACAUGGUCAACACACAGCGAGCCAGUUACUAACAAUAAGACGUUACUGACUAGUCCAGGAAGAAGAUCCCUUGCUGUCCCUUAUCCGGUCCUCUCCGCUUUCUUUGCCACUUCUGCCAUUAUGAAUGUACAUAAAAUAGUAAGACAACUAGCUCCUUAUAAUCAGGCCGAUCCGAUGAUGUUGCUGUGUGGCGUGUAUUGUGCUGUAAUACAAUAUGCGUUCGAGGGGGGUUAUCUGGAGGGAUCACUCCCACCUCAGAACGACUUUUGAAACUAUAUUUUGAAGGUAACAGUGUUGCUUUAAUAAUAAUUCAGCAGUGAUCACAGGGACAACUGAGUACACCGGGUUAAUGGCAAAUGUGUAAUUUGUUCAGAAUAAAGAUUACAAUCCACUAAUGUAGGAUUCAUACUUGAAUUUUCAUUGUUAGAUGUAUCUUUACAUGAUCUGUACAUCAAAAGCUUUUGUCAGAAGUUUAGUACUGCAGAAAUUAGGAUUUUUUUUUUCUUUUUUUAAGUAUGCCUUGCUAUGCUCAGCAUUUAAUUUUGUUGCCUUUGUAGAACAACAUAUGAUUGCACAGUGAAUAUUUUUGUCACACCCAGCUCGUUGCAACACUGAAGAUGUCAUGUUGUGUACGAGUGAUUUUACUUGUGUCAUUUCCAAGUCUGAUGCCCAUCUAAUGUGAUUGUUUGGCCUUUUGCAAUUGCAAACGUAAAAACCGAGAGGCUUUUUUUUUAAGCUGCUUCCUUCAGUGCUUUUGUUUUGCUAUGCUUCUGAAAAUAUGUACGCCAGUUCUUUUUCAUGGCAAAUCCAUACAACAUCACCAUAGAGAGGUAUCUAGUUUUAUUUUCUGUUAUUAUUAUUAUUUUUUAAUGUUUAAGUCUUGGGCAUGUUUCAACAGUGCAAAAGAUUUUCACUUGCAAAGUGUUUUUAUGGCUAGAUCUGAUUUAUGGGGGGUGAAUAUCACUUAAUUUCAUCUUCGAAAAAUAAACAGGACGUGCUGUCAAUAUUUCACUGGGAAUUAAUGGAAAUAAUGUGUGCAGGCUCAUGCAUGGUCAAUAUGGUUGUUGUAAUGCACCUUCUAUAACUGCAUGUGGUAUUGCAUGGGGAUUGCACUGCAAGCAAAAUAGCAUAUACAUUUGCAAGACCAGCUUUGGUUUGUUUUGUUUUUUUUUCUUAGUACAUGUACAAAUGUUUACUUAAACAUUAUUCUUGUACUGUGCCACAUAUUAUAAUCCACAGACAAUGACGAUGAUAACACGAUACAGCAAUUAUCUAGUAUAACAUCCAGCACAGUAAUAGUCAUUAAGGGAAUACUUGAAAGCUAAUCAGCACAAUUUAUAACGAUCUGGGCAGUACAAAUAAACAUUAAUCUUAAAAGCAUCUUGCAUAUUAUGUGUUCCAUUGUCUUUAAUUUAUUAAUCCAACAGAAACUGACAAAAACAAAAAAGAUGUCAAAAUAAGAGAGAACCCAGUGCUGCAAAGCAGCUACAAAAAUUUUUGAUCUUGUCUCUGUUAAAAAUACUGUUUUGAAAAACGUGUAUGAAUAGAUGGAGUGUUUAGUGACAUUCUAUGAAUGUACUGGAGAUGAGAAAAUUGUCAUUUUCAUUUACUCUUGACAAUAAAUACCAAAUUAACUGCU